AGCAGGGACGUCCUGCAGUCCUGGUGCAGCCUUCGGGGGCAGAGGACAUCGGAGCCGGGUCCCGUGCACUUGAUCAUCCAGGGAGGACCCCAGCCAGACCAGGAUGGCCCAGUGGACGCGGUGGUGGUGGUGUCUGAUAGUGGUCACUGCAGACGCGGGCCUCGCCAGCGGUGUGGAGGAGUGCUUCCUGUACCCCGUGACGAAGGGGGAGAAGAGCCCCAGCGUCCCCCUCAACGCCAGCGGCGACACCAUCAUCACCAUCAACAACAUCUACGACAACAACACCAUCACCACCAUCACUACUGACAAUGGUGUCUGUGUGGCGCGGGUCCUUCAUAAGAGCACUUAUAAACCGAGGGAAGAUGGCUGCCCUGUCCUCAACGCCAGCGCUGUCGACAACAACGCCAGGACGUGGCAAGAGGUGGUGACGGUGGUGGUGCGUCGGGGAGGAGGGAGGACCAGCGUGUACCUGCGGGACUCCGGGGACCACGAUCACCAGGUCAAGGUCAACCUCAGUGACGCCAGCAGCCUUCACGUUGUGUCCCAGGAGUUCAUCAACGUUGGUUACGGCUGUUACGACGGAUGUUUCCAGUUCCAGAACGCCACCAUUCACAAGAGCUUCAGAGACGGACGUCCUGGAUCUUUACUCUUCUACGGACAACUUACGGGCUCGGAACCACUCAAUAGGAUCAUAUUUGCUAUAAAAGACGCUGGUUGGGACCAAAGGAAAGGUUUCUACCCAGAGGACAGUAUUAUGAACAACACUCACUGGUUCGCGUUCCGAGCGCUGCCAGAGUACACCGGAGAGAAGGGUAAAUACGAACAAUCCCUCACACUCCGGUACGAGACUGCCGCCUCCAGCUGCAGCCCGGAGGACCCAGCCUGCAAUACGGGACAUAAUGCAACUUAUACAGGAGACGUUCCUUCCAAGGACUUGUACCUGACUUUCUAUGCGACGAAGAACGUGCGGUGGGCCGUGUUCUGCCGGCCUCGGAACACUAGCCAGGAGCCAGGUGAGGAGGACCAGCCAGCUCUUACCACAACCACGUCUCCAACCACUAUUAAUUUUUCUUUUCACUUAAACAACAGUUCCCAAACUGAUGAUAAUCAAGGUGUACUCAAGUGGUUAUCAGAGAAGAAUAUAGAGAACUGGGUGGUGGUGGCGUUGGGAGGCUGCUCGGUCCUCCUGCUGGUGGUCAGCCUUGUCCUGGGUGCUGCCCUUCACCGUAGACGGUCGCCCCCGCCACCCGCGCUCACCACCUCACCCUCUCUAAAUGAUGUCGAUGACCCUUCAGGUCAUAUUUACGAAUAUGUUGACCUCGACACAUUGAAGCAACAGCUGGCCGAGGACAAGAGUGCCUCCCAGAUGGACCUCGGUGUUCAAAAGAACAAAAGGAACAGCCACACCAGCGUCAACAGCUUAUACGGGUGUCUUCACCCGCCAGAAACUACCACACAGUAGGCGCCAGCACGUCGUGGACAACACGCAAUAACCCGCCAGAAACUACCACACAGUAGGCGCCAGCACGUCGUGGACAACACGCAAUAACCCGCCAGAAACUACCACACAGUAGGCGCCAGCACGUCGUGGACAACACGCAAUAACCCGGAAACUACACACAGUAGGCGCCAGCACGUCGUGGACAACACGCAAUAACCCGCCAGAAACUACCACACAGUAGGCGCCAGCACGUCGUGGACAACACACAAUAACAGCACAAUCAAAAGGAAUACUACAAAAGACCUAUUGACCCAUACGUGGCAGCCCCUAUUUAUAUCCACCAGCAUAGUUCAGCUACGGAGCCAUAUGAACAGUCGGUUACCCAUUCCACUGGUGAUGCUGAUGCUAUUAGGCAGAGUUAGCUGACCUGAUUGAUAGGUCAAGUUCAUGUUUAUCUGUGAGGUGCUGAUUAGGUUACACUUUGGAGUUAGCUGAGAAAGUAUUGUUGAUAAGAAAAAUUGAUAGAGCUCAUUUUUGUAAAAUAGUGUAAUAUUUUCUGUAAAUAAAACUAUAUAUAUAUAUAUUGUACAUAAAUUUUAAACUAGUAUUUUCAACCUUUAGUAAAAUGUUGACUAUAAAAAGUAAUUUAUAUAUCAUUUACAGUACAGUAAUUAAGAUAAAAUAGGUUUAACGUCCCAUGAAUAUAUUCUACAAAUUAUGUUCUACUUAAAAUAACUGUGUAAUUGAUUGAAGAGUAUGAAAAUUGAACUGCUCAGAACAGAAUCAACUAAGUUUAGAGUAGUCGAAGCUGUAUAUAGCAAAUGGGAGGAUGGUGCAAGAUAUAGUGAGCAGUGAAAAUAUGUUUAAAAAAUAAUGUGAUACAUCAGCCCUGGGAGCAAUAUGUAGGAUGAUUAAAAGUCCACAGUGUGAUAUGUCAAUCUGGGGGAACAAUCCUAUCUCCUAGACUUACGACCUUCAUGAGAAUCCUAUCUCCCAGACUUACGACCUUCAUAUCAGUCCCAUCUCCCAGACUUACGACCCUCAUGAGAGUCCCAUCUCCCAGAGACUUACGACCUUCACAUUAAGACUCACACUCAUAGAAGCUCUUGGCGUCUUUUUGCUCUAUCUCUCUCUAGCAUAUAUAUACACGAUAUAUUCCUGUGUAAAAUAUGUAUAUAACAAUAUAUUAUAACCUGUCCUCAGGACAUAUCAGUAGUCCAAUAUUGGACUUAUAAUGUAGGUCAAGUUUGACACUCAACUGUGAAUGUUCAAAUCUCUAUUCAGAGUUUAUGCAUAUAUUCUUUUACCUACUUUUUGGGGUAAAUGCACCCUGUGAAGUAUGGGUAGGUUAGGUAAGGUUACGUUAGGUAAGGCUAGGUUAAGUUAGGUUAGUUUACACUUAUUAAAAAUUUUUGAGAAGGUUUUUUAAGUAACUAUGACAAUUUUCUUUAGUGAUUAAUUUGAUUUAUUUAUAUACUUAAUACAUGAUCUCGGUCUGGUAUAAUAAUUAUCUCUACGAAACCGGUUGUAACAUCGCCAGAACUGGCCUGGCUUAACCGGCAUCCGAUGUCUGUGUGUCUCUGGCGCUGUCGACGGGGAACUCUGGUAUUUUAUUAAGUGUAAUGUGUAGUUCAAAUAUAAAUAAUAAUGCGUGCAGAGUCGUCACGACAAGCUCCUCCAUUGUAGAUUUCUUAUAAAUAAACAUAUGACUUUUCC